CUGAGGGGAGCGUGACCCCUGACGCCCGGUUCUUGGGAAAGCGUCGUCUUCGUCACCCCUUCACCUGCUGCGGCCAGGACGGAAGUCAGCACCCUGAGCGCUCACCCCGCGGCAGUCACCUGGGCGGCCGCUGAGAGGAGGACUAGCAGCAGUUUAAGGCUUUCUCCAGUCUGGGCCACAGAGACCCCUUUUUUGGAGGGAUGACUCGAGAUGAAGAAGAGGACGACGAGGACGAGGAGGAAGAAGCCCCGUGGGGCCGCGGGAGCUCCAGGUUUGAGGGCCCCCAGCCCCCCGAGGAGUUUGGCUUCGGCUUCAGCUUCAGCCCAGGAGGAGGGAUGCGUUUCCAUGAUAACUUCGGCUUUGACGACCUAAUUCGGGAUUUCAAUAACAUCUUCAGCGAGAUGGGGACCUGGACCUUGCCUUCCCGCCUUCCGGAACUUCCAGUUCCGGGUCCUGAGUCCGAGACACCCAGUGAGAGACGACGGGAGGGACAGACACUCCGGGACUCGAUGCUUAAGUAUCCAGAUAGUCAGCAGCCCGGGACCUUCAGGGGGGUCUUGGAGAGUGACGCAAGAAGCGAAUCCCCCAAACCAGCACAGGACUGGGGCUCCCAGAGACCUUUCGGUGUGUUCGAUGGUAUGUGGCCUAUGACCCCCCGUUCUAGAGCCAGAGAAGACAAUGAUCUUGAUUCCCAAGUUUCCCAGGAGGGCCUCGGCCCAGUUCUCCAGCCCCAGCCCAAAUCCUAUUUCAAGAGCGUCUCGGUGACCAAGAUCACUAAGCCAGAUGGGACAGUAGAGGAGCGCCGGACUGUGGUGGACAGUGAGGGCCGGACAGAGACCACGGUAACCCAUCAGGAAGGAGAUGGCCAUCCUAGAGAUGAUCCAGAAUCACCAAAUCCUGCAGCCCUGGAUGGUGCCUAUUCCAUCCUGGAUUUAUUCCUAGGACGCUUGUUCCGGUCCCGGUAGCCUUGUCAACCCUCAGAGGCCUUCAGAUUCUUUCCACCCUUGGCGCACCAUCAGUGGGCUUACCUUUCCCUCCGGCCGCCUCAGGGCCUUGGGUGUGAAGAACAGUGAAUUGGGGGUAUGUCAGUAUGUGACUCACCCAAACUGACCAAUAAAACCUUUAUUUAUGCUAA